AUGAGAAGUGAUGAGAAAGAGCAAUAUAAAAUCUUAUUAUAAUGUUAUCAAUGAUUUAUUUUAUCUUAAGCAAAUAAAACUAUAAAUAUUCAUAUUAUUAAUUUAUGAUUGUGAAAAUAAAAAAGGGAAGUCUUUCAUACAUAACGAAGAAGAAAAUAGAGAGAAUAAAUCUUAUCUAAAAAAAGAAUUUUAGACUUUCCAUAAUAAUAAUCAGUUACUUCUGAAUAUGCACUUUUAUUUUUAAAUGGAGCUUUGACUAAUUACAAUAAUUUAUAGACCAUCUUUUCUAAAUUGCAUUAAUUUUUGCCCAAAUAUAGUGAAUUGCAUUUAUGGACUGUUCCUUAUAUAUUUUAGCAGUAAACUAAUAUUUAUAGGAUAUUGCCUCAUCUACUCUUUACAGCAAUCAUAUGGAUCGUGAAAUAUCAUAAUAAACAGUGCUAGAAAUACUUUAUUAUUUAGGAUCAUUAACCUAUUAGACAAAGGUGGAAUUUGAAUUAGGAAAUUUACUAGAAAUUUGGUAGCGAUACUUAAUUAAACAAAAGAGUUUAGGAGGAUCAAAUAUUAUGCUAGAUUUUAUCAAAUCUUGUUAUCGAUUUGAAGAAGCCUGAACAUAUUUACUAAAGUGUGAAAUUGUAGUGA